AGUCUAGGCGUGACUGACAAGCUAUGCCUGAAUUAAGGGCCAAACGACCAUCUGCUCCGAUCUGAGUGCACGAUGGAAGACUCCGUCUGUGCGCAUCGUCUCCGUCGUUUAACUUUACGCAUCACAAUACAUGUUGCGUCACCUUGGACAGAACCCGGCAGCGAGCCGGAAGGGCCAGCGCGUCCAGCCCAAAGCCAUGCCCCCGCCGGAGCCUAACUUUGGGCGACCAAUGUCUAUGUGUACCUGACACGCCUGUCAAUGCAAGCCAUCGCCCCGUCGGUCUGAUCCGCUUGCCAAGGACUGGCUCAACUCGGUGAUCUACUCUCCCUGAUAAGGUGUAGCACGGGAUAGUACUUCAAUAUACUUUAUAGACGAAUAUCCCCGCACGAAAGGCGCGAAGGACCAGUGUGCCUUUCGUCUCUCCCUUUCUUGAAAGAGACGCAACCCUGCUCUCACAAUGCAUUCCAUCGGGGCCAGCGGAGACGUUUUCUGGUCCAGGGCGGGACAAGGGUUGCUGAUUAUCUUGCUCGUGUGCCACUGGUUCGGAGGAUUUAGCGGAGCGACACCAUUGCUACCCGUACGUGUCUAUAUUUCACUGCUACGCUGAGCUUUCUGAAUCUCGUUUCAGGCUGAUAUUGACAACGGCACAUCUGGGACGGGGAGCGAAGCCGCGCGGGUCAUGGCGAGGCGCGAGCCUGCACCAAAGACACAGGACUCGGCCCCGACAGACUUCUCGAUAUCAGCUCCCGCCGUCCCCACCUACUCUUUCCCCUCCUACUCAUACUCAAUGCCCGAUUGGCUAUCUUCAAUAACCGACCCGUCGUACUCCAUUCCUCCAGACUAUUUCUCUGCUACUUCAUCAUGUGAUUCCUUUGAUACUCUCAUUGGCACUUGCUUGACACCAGAUAUUCCGAUGCCGACGUAUUCUUUUCCUAUACCCGACAGUGGCGGGGACGGAGGCAAGAAGAACGCGGACUCGGUGGUGCCCAACAUAUCAGAGGUCGGACAUGCGAUGAAGACGAGCCUCAAGAAAAUCAUUGGUGUUGUGGUCGGCAGCGUCCUCGGCCUUUUCGGUUUGGUUUCUUGAGAGGACUGUGGGCGGCGCGCAAGAAGAAGGUGAAACGCAAGAAGGGAAACUCCGAGACGGACGAUCCGGAAAAGAUCGCGUUGCACGGGCGCAUGCAUAGCACGAGUACACACUAGGCUAUCAGUAUGGCUAUGUCCCGUCUGAACAAGUUCCGCUCAUGGCGGCGGCGGGAGGAUACCCUGCACAGGUGA